AUGCUGCUUAAAGGAGUUGUGCUUGUUCUUCUUUGUAUUCAUCUAACUGCAGGCUCGUACAAUGAUGACCAGUUGGACACAAUUCCACAAGCCCCAACUCAAGACCAAGAUGAGGGAGCAAAGGAAAUCGUCUGGGACUUCACAAGGAAAAAGCGCGCUGUCCACGACUACACUGUCAACUGGGUGGGAAAAAUCCCCUACGUUAUCGACCCGACAUACCAAGCAUAUGGUCCUUACUACACGACGUUGUUAAAAAGAUCUCUACAGUACAUCAUGGACAAUGUCUGUCUGACGUUUGUUGAUGAAACCAGCAGAUGGAACUCUAGCGACCCCAAGUGGUUCACCAAAAACGGUUACACCUAUGACACCUACAUUUCAGUCCAGGCCAGCACAGGGUGUUCAGCGUUCAGUGGACCAGGAAAUGGUGUUGGAAAUUCACCCAGAAUUGUCUACCCCUGCCAGGAUUUCGUGAUAAAUUUGCACGAGAUGAUGCAUACGUUAGGUGUCGCACACGCACAUCAAGGCUUUCUAAGGGAAAAUUACAUUACAAUUAACGUAGAUGAUAUUCAAAGCAGUCUCAUCUACAGCUAUGACAUGAUUCCCGCAUCAUCUCAAUUUGUCAACUUAUUCUUCGACCCAUCCUCGGCCCUAAUGUAUGGUGCUAGGACUUGGACGAGGAACGGCAAUGAAGCGUACACGCCAAUCAGGGACGAUCUUUUUAACACUAUCACCUCGGUGUCAGCGGACUCUGUCAACUUUCUUGAGCUUGUUCAAGUACUGAAAUGUACCGAAAGAUAUUGUGGAGGAAAAACGGUCGACUGCACACCCGGAUAUUACUCGUAUGUGAAAGGCGUCUGCCGAUGUGUGUGCCCGGAUGAAUUUGAUAUCACCACAAACUGCAAGACACUGAAAAAUGGACCUUCGCCACUCGCUCAAUGGCCAAACACACCAAUGGUUGUCUUCGCUGGAGGACCCUCGCACAGCUGCCCAACAGGAUUCAACCCCACACCUGGCUGGUUCUCCUUCACUGGGUCCUAUGCUAUGACCCAGACCCCUGGGGCUCCUGUCCAGUACCCCGUAUCUGGAACCACAAACUACUUUCCCGUCUGCACCAGAAACUUACCUGCAGGAACCACAGCUGACUGGGAGUCCUGGCCACCUGGCGGUCAAUACUGUUUCAUUAAACCUGCUGGUGUAAACUGUGGGGGAGCUUUCGUCGAAGCGGGAGGUUAUGCCGUUUCUGCUGCCAGUAUUUCCACCAACGGUUCAAUCGGUGACAUCACCAUCUCCUCCAAUAACGUGAGCAUCAAGGCCUGCUGCAGGUACCAAGAGUUUUCAAACAUCGCCAUCGACUUACCUGACGGCGAACCUUUCAGACUGUUGACGCGAAGCACCUGUCCAUCUAUCAGAGGUCUUAAGGCGUACAACUCAAGGCUGAACCUGUGGACCACCAACAGUGGUGUGUUUGGACCCGCUGAAUCCCCCUUCUGGUGGUUCUCGACCUCCCUCACCACCUACUCCUGCUACUACCAGCCCGGUGUCUAUGGAUGUAAUGAGCUGGUAACCUUGGACGCCAACAAUCGCUCUGUGACCAUCAGGACUCCGUUUCUCCUUACAGGCUACAGGGAACCAAACAGGCGAUGCUUCUACGCUUUCAGUUCCCCGCCCAACUCGCAGAUCCUGAUUACCUUCAACAGAUAUAGUUUAUCUACAACGAUGGAUGACUUUUUUGUAAAAAAAUAUCAUCCAUGGCAAGUGGCCUUCAAACUAGAUAACGCGAAUUAUCCAGCACAAAUUCUGAGUGAGUCGAACUACUUCUCUGCUGAGGCCUUUAUGGGAUACAGUGCUACCACCAACUACGGUGUCAAUUUUACAGCACAAGUUAUUUUACCCGAAGACUACUGCUAUGAUUCUUCAACAAAUGGCGCCGACUACAGAGGGAAAACUGCCAUUUCUGAAACAUACGAGCCCUGUAUAGAGUGGUCAAAGGCUGUCAACUGCUCAAACUUUCCCAAGGGUGACCAAAUAGCGAACAUUUUGUCCGGCAACGAAUGUCGUAAUCCAGACGGCCGUAGAGGACCUUGGUGCUACACUUACAUCAAUGGGACCAACUGCAACAUUCGUUAUUGCGAUGCUUGCAAUUUCAUGAAACCAAUCGACGCCUUGACAAAAUGUGCCACCCUUAAAGCAUCGAAUCCAAAUUUCUGCUCUACUGGUGUUCAAAGGUUGGGAUGUUUUGUCUCCUGCAACUUUUCAGUAGAGUCAACAACUAGAGCUGUCUGUGGUCCGCCUACCAUCCCCACUGAUGCGCAGGUGGUCGGUACUCUAAAGUCUCAGUACCUGGAGGGUGAGAAGGUUCAGGUGAAGUGUAUUCUUUAUAACGACACUGGGCUGCCAAAUGACAUGUACUGUACUGCAACUGGAUGGACAACUCUUUACCAGGCAUGCCGAGCCUCUUAA